AUGCAUGCAACAGCAGAAACCGAAAACCUGCCAUGUGUAGUUCAAAAGUAUGGAGGAACCAGUAUAGGAACUGCUGAGAGAUUGCUCAAUGUCGCAAAGAUUGUCAAAUCAAGCCUAAAUACGAAUCGAGUCAUUGUAGUCUUGUCUGCCAUGAGCAGUCAGAAAAAAGUUGAAGGAACUACUUCAAGGUUACUAGAAGCAGCUCACGAAGCCUUGACUCCAAACUCGAAUCGAUACUUGGACAUUAUUGACAAGAUUGAACAGGAUCAUGUGAAAGCUGUCAGAUUAGCUGUUGAUUCAGCUGAUAUUCGAGCUGGUGUUGAAGUCGAUGUUAAACAUGAGUGCAAGACUUUGAAACAGUUUUUGGGUGCUGCUGAGAUCAUUGAUGAGAUAUCACCGAGGUCGCGUGAUAUUAUAGUUAGUGUUGGAGAGAAGCUGUCUGCUAGAAUAUUCACAGCAGUCUUGCAGUCACAGGGUGUGGAUGCAGGAUAUGUGAAUCUAGAAAAAGUAGUAGACCGUCAAUUCGAUGAAAAAUCUUUAGAUCAUACUUUUUACCAAUACCUAACACAACGACUGGCAAGUUCCAUACGAGAGUGUCCCAACCAAGUACCGGUCGUAACAGGAUAUUUCGGACCAGUACCAGGCAGUCUUCUAAACACUAUUGGACGAGGAUAUACAGAUCUCACUGCGGCAUUGAUUGCUGUAGCUGUAGAUGGUACCGAAUUACAAAUAUGGAAGGAAGUCGAUGGGAUAUUUACAGCUGAUCCACGUAAAGCACCCAAAGCCAAACUCUUGGCCAAGAUAUCUCCAGAAGAAGCUUCAGAAUUGACGUAUUAUGGAUCUGAAGUGAUACAUCCGUUUACUAUGGAGCAGGUCAUAAGAGCACGUAUACCAAUACGUAUACUGAACACGUUUAGGCCUGAAGGUGCCGGAACCGUUAUCUUGCCACCUGGUAUGUUCAUGGAUGGUAAAAUGAUCAAAUCGUAUAGUAGUAAUGGUACCAGUAAUGGCAGUAAUGGAGCAUCAGCAAACAAGAAGCCAAGAAGUGAAAAGUAUCCUACAGCUGUAACCAUCAAGGACAAUGUGACUGUUAUUAAUGUACACUCUAAUCGAAAAUCCGUGUCACAUGGAUUCUUUGCAUCUAUAUUUACUACUCUUGACAAAUUUGGGAUUGUCGUUGAUUUGAUUGCUACGAGUGAAGUGCAUGUGUCUAUGGCCUUGGGACAUAAUGUGCAUGAUACUAAACUGGAGCUGGCCAUUGCCGAGCUGCAGGCUCAUGGCAUUGUUGACGUUAUCAAGGAUUUAGCCAUCCUAUCCCUCAUUGGACAGCUAAAACAUAUGAUUGGUAUUGCCAGUCGCAUGUUUACGGUGCUGGCUAAGCAUGGAGUGAACAUUGAAAUGAUUUCACAAGGAGCAUCAGAAAUCAAUAUAUCAUGUGUCAUCCAAGCUAAGGAUGCACAAUUUGCUAUAAGUGCUGUACAUGAUGAGAUCAUACUUGCUGACCAGGAGUAG